AUGGCAGACCGCUUAAACGGAAGUGAAAAUAAGUCUGGGGCCAUGGACAUGAUGGCAGAUGCGCAAACCCCGAGCUCAAGUUCGCAGCUCAGCGAGAAGAGUCAUGAUUUGUCAGACGAGGAACCGAAGAAAGAAUGGAUCUUGGUUGUGACUGCUAUUCUCUCAAGUCAUAUGCUCUUCGCCCUCGACAACACCAUUGUUGCUAACAUUCAACCGGCUAUUCUCGAGCAAUUCCAAGAAUCUAAUCAGAUAGCCUGGCUUUCUGUCGGUUUCUCCCUCUGUUCAUCUGCACUUGUGCUGCCUUGGUCUAAAGCCUAUGCCACUUACAAUGCCAAAUGGCUCUAUAUUGGGUGCGUUAUCGUGUUCAUGGCAGGCUCGGCUCUUUGCGGGGCCGCCCCGAAUAUGAAUGCCAUGAUUGUUGGAAGAGCCAUGGCUGGAGCUGGAGGAAGUGGUAUGUACUUCGGCGUCUUGACCCAGCUGUCGGUCAAUACGACCGUAUCUGAACGUCCGUUCUAUAUUGGACUGACCGCCGUCUCAUGGGGUAUUGGAACUGUCACCGGCCCUGCCAUUGGAGGGGCAUUCGCUGAGAGCUCUGCGACUUGGCGCUGGGCCUUCUACAUCAAUCUUGUCAUCGGCGGUGUGUUUGCGCCGGUGUAUGUUUUUCUUCUGCCCUCGUUCGAGCCCCUUCCCAAUGCCACCUCCAAGGAAAAAGCCAAGAACAUCGACUGGGUCGGCAUUGUCCUAUUCGUUGGUGCACUGACGACUUUGAUCAUGGCUAUUGACUUCGGAGGAGUGGAUUGGGCUUGGGGCAGCGGUCAGUCGAUUGCGCUUUUCGUAGUCUCUGGUAUUCUAUUCAUCCUGUUCGGCAUCCAGCAAUCUUUCUACAUCCUCUGCAACGAGCAGAAUAGGCUGUUCCCAAUCCACUUCCUGAAGAGGCGCUCACUGUUGCUGCUUUUUAUUCUCAACACCUCUGCCAGCAGUGGGUUGUUUAUCUCAGUGUAUUACAUCCCCUUGUUCUUCCAAUUUACUCAGGGUGAUACGGCUGUCCAUGCAUCACUGCGUAUUCUUCCUUUUGUGAUGGUUCUUAUUUUUACCAUCAUCUUAAACGGCCACAUGAUGUCAAAGUUCGGUUACUAUCUUCCAUGGUACCUCUUCGGUUCCAUCUGCGAGCUUAUCGCUGCUUCCCUGAUGUAUGUCGUCAAGACCGACACCUCUGCUAGCGCCAUCUAUGGAUACACCUCACUCAUGGCACUCGGGGUUGGUGCUUUCAACCAGGCCGGAUACAGCGUGGUUCAAGCUAAGGUGAAGAAGACGGAGAUUCCAUGGGCCCUGGGAUACAUGAUGGUUUCUCAACUGGGGGGCAUUGUCUUGGCUCUGGGCAUUGCUGGUGCUAUCUUUGUUAACAAGUCCACAAAAGGUCUCAUAAAGUUGCUUCCGGAUGCUGAUCCAGAGGCCAUCAAGAAUGCCAUUGGCGGAACUGCAAGCGGAUUCUUCAAAACGCUGUCAAAGGCGCAGCAGACCGCGGCUCUCGAUAUUAUUGUCAAAGCCAUCGACGAUGUGUACAUUCUCCUUAUUGUUGCUGGUGCGCUUGGUGUUAUCCUCUCUGUCUUCCUAAAGCGCGAGAAACUCUUUAUGGAAGUGGCUGCUGGUGGUGCUUAG